UUGACCCCGUCUUGACUAGGAACUUGCCUUGAAGGUUUCCUUGGUUUACUACUUUUACACCAGAUAAAUAGAAACAAAAUUGCUUUGGCUUUGGCUUUAACUGACCUAUGUCUGCAACUUCAUCGCAGGUGGAUUGAGUUAGUAAUUAGAAGAAGCAUGGGUAGUGAGGAUACCAUAUAUGUUGCAGUAGGGGGAGUUGAAGAAAGUGAGCUCACUUUGCUAUGGGUUUUACAUAACCUUAAGCCUCGGAAAGUUUGCAUUCUUCAUGUUCAUCAGCCUUCCAAAAUGAUCUCAUCCAUGUACGGAGUCGAUGGGAAUUUAGCUGAAAUCAUUUUUGAUCAACAACAAAUCAGAGGUCUAGAGGAAGUUGGAAAGGACAUGAUGAACCGGAUCUUGGAUGAAUACCUUCUUUUUUGUAGUCAAGCUGGGGUCAGUGCCAUAAGGCUACAUAUUCAGAUGGAUGAUGUUGCAAAGGGGAUUGUGGAACUGAUUCGUCGGCACAAUAUCAAGAAGCUAGUGAUGGGCGCAGCAGCUGAUGAGCACUUCUCAGAGGGAAUGUGGCUGAUGUCUGAGAAAGCACAAUAUGUGAACGAAAAUGCACCAUUUUCAUGCCAAAUUUGGUUCAUUUGCAGGGACCACCUUGUCCACACAAGGUUUGAAACUGCGCAAUCAUCAAAUGCACCAAGUCCAUCUGGUUCUAGUUAUUUGACAAGUUCUACUGAAGCUGCUGGUAUUUUUGGCUCGACUGUGUCCGAGGAAAGAGAGGAGAGUGAAUGUGAGAUUGAGCUAUAUGACGUGCUUCACUCUGGAGAGGAAGGAAGUAGCAAUGAUCAACUAUUUGAUCGACUUGAACAGGCACUGAAGGAAGCUGAAUCAUCGAAUCAGAAAGCAUUCGAAGAGUCCGACAGGCGAGUUAAAGCUGAAAUGAAUGCUACCCGAGCUAUGCGCCAAGCAAAAAUGUUAGAAAGGUUGUACAAUGAAUGCAAGAGAGAAAAUGAGACAGCACUUGCGAAACAGAAUGAGAGCCUUGAAAAUAUUAAGAGGCUCAGAGAAGAAGAGCUUUCAGUUUCUAGGGAACAAAAUUCUAUACUGGAAAGCCGAGUUGCCAACUUGGAGAGCAGGAUGAAACAAUUGGAAGAUGAAUUAUCGUCAGCCGUGGAGCAGUUACAGGUUUCCCUGAAAGAACGAGAUGAGUUGCAAAUCGAGCUUGAAAAUAGUCAUAAAGUGAUUGAAGAGCUUUUGAGAAAACAAGCAGAAGAGACCUCAAGCACACAUAUGGACCAAUUCAACCUUGAUCAGUUGUCUGUAUCAGAGAUUCAUGAUGCAACUUUGGAUCAGUUAGAGAUAUGCCAGAAAGAAAAGGAUGAGCUGCUGGUUGAGCUUGAAAAUACUCGUAGAAUAAACGAAGAGCUUUUAAGAAAACAAUCCGAAGAUACCUCAAACUCUCAUUUGCAGCAACCCUUCAUAGAGUUCUCUCUGUCAGAGAUUGAGGAAGCAACUGAAGACUUUGACCAAUUGUAUAAGAUAGCAGAAGGAGCUCGAGGGAGUGUAUACUAUAAAUGUGCCCUACGUCACACUGAAGUGGUUAUAAAGGUGCUCGGCCGAAAUAGCUUUCAAGAUUCAAAUGAAUUCCUACAGGAGGUUGAUGAUUUGAUUAAAUUGAGGCAUCCGAACCUAGUAAAUCUCAUUGGAGCCUGCCCUGAGAAAAGGGCUUUAGUCUAUGAAUAUGUUCCUAAUGGAAGUCUUGAAGAUCAUUUGAACAGCAGGAACGACAUGCCCCCACUGUCAUGGCAAUCUCGGAUGCAUAUAGCUACUCAGCUAUGUUCUACACUAAUGUUUCUACAUUCUGGUAAACUAGUGCAUGGCAACUUAAAGCCGGGGAAUAUUCUCCUCGAUGACAACUUUGGCUGCAAACUUAGUGACUUUGGAUCUUGCCGUGCAUUCUCUCUCGUUGAAAACUCGAGCAAUAUGACAGAAUCAAGCAAUCCAAAUCCUUACCUUGAUCCUGAUUUUCGUAAUUCAAGAAGAGUAUCUCACAGUUUAGACUUAUACCCUUUUGGCAUCAUAGUAUUACAGUUACUUAGUGGGAGAUCAACUCAGGGUAUAGCCGAGAGUGCACAAAGCGAGCUAUUAAAUGGCGGAAAUCUGAGUUCCUUCUUAGAUUCUUCAGCUGGGAACUGGCCACACCAAGUUGCGCAGUUGACUCACUUGGCUAUAAGAUGCUGUGACAUAAACCGAAGCCGUCGACCUGAUCUUGCUUCAGAUGUUUUGAAGGUACUUGAAACGAUGAAACCUUCCAUAGCCUCAAUAGCAUAUGCUCCAGAGUCCAACGAAGAUAGCGAACCGCCAUCUUAUUUCCUUUGUCCCAUUUUACAGGCAGUUAUGAGUGAUCCGCAUGUGGCAGCCGACGGUUAUACUUAUGAGGCAACUGCAUUGCAGGAUUGGCUGGCUGACCAUGAUACUUCCCCUAUGACAAACCUCCGGCUUCCAAAUCUCAAUCUUAUCCCCAACUUUCCUCUUCGUUCUGCUAUUCAGCAAUGGCAGGAAAAACGUUGAAACUCUUUCUUGUUCCUCCAACAUGUUUGACUAUUCCCCUCAUGUUGUCUCUUUAAUGUUUAUAAAAAAUACAGUGUAAUACUAUGAUUCCUAUAUGUUGUUUGCAUAUAUAUUAUAAUGUCAGAGUUCAGAAA